AUGAUAGAGUUACUUGCUGAAUUUGAUCCAACAAUGCAAGAACAUUCUCGUCGUAUCCUAAAAGGUGAGACACAUUAUCAUUAUUUGAGUCACAAAAUUCAAAAUAAAAUGAUACAACUAUUGGCAUAUGAGGUGAAAAGCGCAAUAGUUAGUAGAGUUAAAGAUGCAAAAUAUUUUUCAGUCAUACUAGAUUCUACUCCAGAUGCAAGUAAUGAUGAACAAAUGUCUCUUGUUUUAAGAUGUGUGAAUGUUUCAGAAAGUCCAAUUUUUGUUGAUGAAUAUUUUUUAGAUUUCAUAAAGGUUCAUGACACAUCAGGACUUGGUUUGCUUAAUGAACUUCUAUAUUCAUUGAAUACUCUUGGACUUGAUGUUGAUAACAUAAGAGGACAAGGCAAAGCUCUUCAAAGUGAAAAUAUGCAAAUUGAUGUUGCUGUCAAAGAAUUAAAAAACCUACUUUUAUUUCUUCAAAAGUAUAGAGAAACUGGUUUUGAGGAAGCUAUGACAGAAGCUACUAAAAUUGCAAUUAAAAUAAAAGUUGAGCCUGUGUUUUUGGAAAAGCGAAAAAAUAAAAGAAAGAAGAAGUUUGAUGAAGUUGUCUGUGAAGAGGUUGUACGGUCAGCAGAAGAGUCCUUUAAAAUUGAAUAUUUCAUCUACAUAAUUGAUCAAGCUAUUUCACCAUUUAAAAUCAUUCUUACAAAUUUAAUGAAGCAUGGUGAGAAAUCUGAUCUUGACAGUGAAGACUUAUACCAAGAGUUACUUAUGAUGCGUCAAAGUUUACCAAAUGAUACCAAAACAACUAUAGAUGUCUUGAGCUAUAUAAAAGAAGUGGAUGGGUGUUAUCCAAAUGCCUGGAUUGCUUAUAGAAUUUUGCUAACUAUACCUGUCACUGUUGCCCAUGCAGAAAGAAGCUUUUCCAAAUUGAGGGUCGGCCCUGAGUAUGACAAGUAUUGGAGGAAGCUUAAUGACUGUAAUGAGGCACUUCUAUUUGCCUUAGUUCUUGACCCUAGAUAUAAAGUUGAUUAUCUCUAUCAUUGUUUUAGCUUUACUCAUACGAAGUUAGAAUGCAAAGAGAUGGUGAAAGGGGCGGAACAAAUGAUUCACAGAAUGUUUAAUCAAUAUAAUGAUUCAGCAUCAAGUAUUGAUUCCUCAAUCACUCAAUCACAAGCUCAACCUAUCGAUGACGUGGUUCUUCCUCAUUCAUCUUUCUAG